UCAGAAAGAUGAAGAUAAUCUCAUUACUGUUUAUUCUGGGAGCUCACCUUCCCCUGGAUGCAGCUCUUUUUAUGGUCACUGCUCCAAGACUGUCCUACACAGCAUCCUAUGGGAAUAACAUUACUAUGGAGUGUAUAUUUCCAGUUGAAUCCAAUUUCCAUACGAAUAUGUUAAAGGUAUACUGGUAUCACAUCCUGGACAACGGAACUUCUCAGUUAGUGUAUAAACUGUUCAACGGGAAAGCUGCUCUCCAGGACCAGUCCGUGGAAUACAGAGAAAGAGUGUUCCUGUUACUGGAUGAGCUCCACAAUGGACGUGCAGUACUGGAGAUUAACCAAGUGAGAGUUAGUGAUGCAGGGACCUACCGCUGUGUUAUUGCUCUCAAUGGAGUGGAUUAUAAAGAAACUGCACUGAGAGUCACAGCUUCCUAUAAAGAUAUAGAGACCCUCAACACCAAGGAAAAAAUGGAGACAGAAUUUGUUUGUCAAUCAGCUGGGUACCCUUUAGCUGAAGUCAUGUGGUAUUAUGCGAAUGGCAGAGACUAA